AAUGACUUGUGAACGCAGUAAAAUCGGAAUCCCUUGCGUUCUUUCUCAAGCACAAGCAGUGGCAAACCAGGAACCAGACAAAACGUCUGCGAUGGUUUAUGACAAGUGCUGACAACCUGGUGGGUGAGAGGGAGCAGGGACUGGGAGCAUGCUCGGUGCCACGCAUCCCAUCCUGGCUGGGGCUCUGCAGGAGGGCAGCUGCGAGGGGUCCAGAGUAGAGCACGGCUCCAUGACCAUGCUCAUCACCUCACCCAUCCUGUCCCCUCUGGGCUGCUGAGGAUGUUGUUCCUGCUCCGUGUUGUUCUUCUGUUAGGAAUCAAAGAGUCCUGGCUGAUGGAAGGCAUUUCAGUUGAUGUGGUCUGCCAAAAGGGUUAUUUUCCAUGUGGAAAUCAUACAACGUGCCUCCCACGGGCAUUUCACUGUGAUGGCAUAAAUGACUGUGAGAAUGGUGCAGAUGAGGAGAACUGUGGAGAUAACAGUGGAUGGGCAAGUAUGUUUGGUAUGGUUCGUGGAAAACCUAAUUAUCUGGAUUUAUCAGAAGAAUGCUGUCUCCACCAAUACCCAGAAGGCUGCAGCUGCAUGGAAACAGAACUGGAAUGUGCUGCAGUUAAUCUGAAGUCCGUCCCACUUGUUUCAAGUAAUGUAACCGUCCUGUCGCUUGCACACAACCAGAUCCAUUCUCUUCCAGAUGAAGUUUUCAGCAAGUACACAGAGGUGAAGAAAAUAUUUCUACAGAACAAUUGCAUCCAGACAAUAUCGAGGAAAGCAUUCUUUGGAUUAUACAAACUUCAGAAAUUGUAUCUCAGCCAUAACUGCAUCACCAGCUUGAAACCUGGGGUAUUCAGAGAUCUACAGAAAUUGAAAUGGCUAAUCCUGGAUUAUAACCCAAUAGCGAAAAUUUCACAGCAGUUAUUUACUGGCCUAAAGUCUUUGUUUUUCCUAUCAAUGAUAAACAAUUCACUUGAGACUCUUCCUAAGAGGAUCUGUAGUCAAACGCCUCUUAUUAACUGGAUGGAUUUUGAAGGCAAUCGUAUUAAGACCUUAACUAAUUCCACCUUCCUAGAAUGUGAUGUGCUCACGGUAUUGGUUCUUCGUGGAAAUCAACUUCACUUUGUGCCUGCAAAUACCUUUUCCUCAUUAAACGAUUUGGGGGAAUUGGAUCUGUCCAGCAACAGGAUUACAGAAUUGCCACGUUAUAUUUUCAAAGACCUGAAGUAUUUACAAAAGCUGAAUUUGUCUUUCAAUCCACUUUCUCACCUCUCAGAGGAUCACUUUGAAAGUCUUCAGCAGCUUCAGUCAUUAGACCUGGAAAUGAUUGAGAUUCCAAAUAUAAAUGCAAGAAUGUUCCAGCAUAUGAAGAACCUCUCCCACAUCUACUUCAAAAAGUUUCACUACUGCUCCUAUGCACUCCAUGUGCGAAUAUGCACGCCGCUAACAGAUGGGAUUUCAUCCUUUGAAGAUCUUUUAGCUAACAAUGUUCUGCGAGUAUUUGUGUGGGUCAUAGCUUGUGUCACAUGCUUUGGAAAUCUUCUUGUCAUUGGAAUGAGAUCAUUUAUCAAAGCAGAAAAUGAGACACAUGCCAUGUCCAUCAAAAUUUUGUGUUGUGCUGAUUGUCUAAUGGGGGUGUAUUUGUUCUUCAUUGGAGUUUUUGAUGUUAAAUACCGUGGACAGUAUAAAAAAUAUGCUGUGCUCUGGAUGGAAAGUUUACCAUGUCAUAUCAUGGGGUUCAUCGCCAUGCUAUCUACGGAGGUCUCAGUCCUAUUGUUGACAUAUCUGACCUUGGAAAAGUAUUUAGUGAUUGUCUUUCCCUUCAGUAAUAUCCGCCCCGGAAAGCAGAAGACAAUAGUGAUUCUUAUAUCCAUAUGGAUUGCUGGAUUUGUCAUAGCAAUAAUCCCAUUCUGGGAUGAGGACUUUUUUGGAAAUUAUUAUGGGAAAAAUGGAGUUUGUUUCCCACUGAAUUCUGAUCGAAUGGAAGAAAUUGGAGGCAACAGGUAUUCCCUUAGUAUUUUUCUUGGUGUGAACCUGCUCGCCUUCAUCAUCAUAGUGUUUUCCUAUGUCAGCAUGUUUUGUUCCAUUCAAAAAACUGCCCUUCAGACAUCAGAGAUGAGGAGUCACAUUCACAGAGAUGUCGCCAUCGCCAAUCGAUUUUUUUUUAUUGUAUUCACUGAUGCCAUCUGCUGGAUUCCUGUCUUUGUCAUUAAAAUCCUUUCCUUAUUCCAGGUGGAAAUUCUAGACACUGUCACUUCCUGGAUAGUGAUAUUUGUUCUGCCAAUAAACAGUGCCCUGAACCCCAUCCUCUAUACUCUCACAACUAGUUUCUUUAAGGAGAAGCUAAAGCAGUCACUGGGCAGUCGUCGAAGGAGGGCAAUCUUCAGAAGCAAUGAAAAAGCCUUGGCCACUUCAGUCACACGGACAGACGAUUCCCUCGCCCAUAGCUCUUCAUUUAAGCUCAGACUUUUAGAAAAAUAAUUCCUGAGGACAGUGCUGACUUUCACCAAUUUACAAGUGGUUGUUUGUCAUCAAGAUAAUGGAAAGAGGACGUAACUGCCUUCCACCUGUGCUAAUCUCCUUUACAUUCAUAUGAAGAGUCUUUUUGGCCAUUACCAUCUCUGUAUGCAUCUUCCUGGAAAAUAAAAAACACAACUGUUGUAUUUAUCAUGAGAGAUUUGUAUUACAGUCUGAAACAUAGACAAACUGGACCGGAGCUUAAAGCGGAAAUACUUUGCUACUAUUCAUCCCUGUUCCCCAGAGGGUCAGUGCAUCUGUACUUGUUAGAUAUAGUCUUCAUAUCAUAUAUUAGUUUAAGGCAAGGACCUUUCUAGAACAUUUGUCACAUUUGGACUGUUCUAGCAAUUUCAGGAUAUAUCCUCACGGCGAAGUAUUUAUCCCAAGGUUGGAAGCUCGUGGGGGGGGGGGGGCAAGGCCAGAAUAUUCUAUGCAACAUGUAAAUCUAUAUUAAUCUUGUAAGAUAUAAGUAAUACGGGGGCUCUGCAGAGUGGUGAAUGUCUCUUUGUGCACAUAAAGUCACUACUCAGAACGGCAAGACCUGAGUAGUGUUAUUAUAAUAUUUUAAGGUACUAAAAGUCAAGUGAACUUCCUGUGUAAGCAACAGAGCCCAGACUGAAAUAAAAAUUAAAUAAUGAAGCUCUCAGAA